UCGCCGCGGUCGGACGCGGCGGCGAGCGCCCACUGACCCAUCCCGGCACGGAGCGGCUGCCGGAGCAUCCCCCGCCGUGGCACCCCGGUCCCGCAGGGAUCCCUGCACCAUGCGGGCGCUCAGCCUCGGCCUCGUGGCCCUGACCUGUGCCACGACGGCUCUGUGCGCUGCCGGAGCCCAGCGCCGGGCUCUGGAGGGCGGCGGCCGCCGGCGCUACCACCGCGUGCAGCACGGUCACUGCAGCUACACCUUCGUGCUGCCCGAGGCCGAGCCUGUGCCCUGCCCGGCAGCCCCCGAUGCUGUGCCCGGCCCGGCCAACGUGCUGCUCCAGCGGGACUCGCCCGCCGGCACCGCCGGGCACGGCGCUGCCCAGCGCCUGCGGCACCUCGAGAGGAUCCUGGAGAACAGCACGCAGUGGCUGCUGAAGCUGGAGAGCUACAUCCAGAGCAGCAUGAAGCCGGAGAUGGCGGAGCUGCAGCAGACAGCAGUGCAGAACCAGACCGCCACCAUGCUGGAGAUCGGCAGCUCCCUCCUCAACCGCAGCGCCGAGCAGAGCCGCAAGCUCACCGACGUGGAGGCCCAGGUGCUGAACCAGACAUGGCGCAUCGAGAUGCAGCUCCAGGAGAAUUCCCUGUCCACCAGCAAGCUGGAGAAGCAGCUGCUGCUGCAGACCAAUGAGAUCCACAAGCUGCAGAACAGAAACAACAUCCUGGAGGUGCGGGUGCUGGAGAUGGAAACGAAGCAGCAGGCGGAGCUGGCGGGGGCCCACUCAGAGAAGGAGAAGCUGCAGCGGCUGCUGAGCCGGCAGAGCGGCACCAUCGAGGAGAUGGAAAGGACGCUGCUGGCUGCCAGUGCCAACACCAGCCUGCUCCAGCGCCAGCAGCUCCAGCUCCUCCAGUCUGUCCAGAGCCUGGUGCGCCUCGUCUCCCAGGGCAGAGCCACGUCAGCUGGGCAGGAGCAGCAGUUCCAGGACUGUGCCGAGGUGCGCCGGGCGGGCAUCCAUGCCAGUGGCAUCUACACCCUGCACAUUGCCAACCUCAGCGAGCCCAAAAAGGCAUACUGUGACAUGGAGACAGAUCGAGGGGGCUGGACCAUCAUCCAGCUUCGUGCCAACGGCAGCCUCAGCUUCCAGAGGAACUGGAGGGAGUACAAGCAGGGCUUUGGGGACGCGUCGGGGGAAUACUGGCUGGGGAAUGAGGCCGUGCACCUGCUGACGAGCCGGGUGCCCUAUGCCCUGCGGGUCGAGCUGCAGGACUGGGAGGGCGGCCAGGUGUAUGCCCACUACGGGAAAUUCCAGCUGGGCAGUGAGCGGCAGUUUUACAGAAGUCUGCAGUGUCACCAUGGCCAUGCUGGAGGAACCGUGGGCAGGGGUGAAGGGCGCUGCAGGAGCUGGAGCUGCAGGACCUGGAGUGGGACAAAGCUAGACCUGCCAAAGUGGGCUCCAGCAUAUGGAAACCCCCUGAUUUCACCUCAGUUUCUCUCCCCAAAUUUCUGCUGGGCCUUGGGGUUUUGUUUUGGGGACAGAGCUCCAAGACCACCCCCAGUGAUGGGGCUCUGAGAACCCCUGGGAGCAUUUAGAAGGACCUCAGACACGAUGAUUUGCCUUUUCACUGGUUUUGGAUAUUGUAAAUCCCCCACCAUCCCACUUUGCUGCAGGAGCUGGGUGGGACGGGAAUCCUAAUAAGCAUUGAGGCUGGUGGUGUCCCUCCCUCCCUUUUCAUCCAGACACAGCCAUGCAAAGGGCCACAGGCUGUCCCCUUCCAAGCAUGGCUGGAGCCACUGUCCCCAUUUAUGGCAGGACAGGCACUGCUCCUCACAGGAUAGAGCUGAAUUUCUCCAGCUCUCAGAGAGGACAGGAAGAGCAGGGGUUGUCCUUGGGGACCUUCCUCUCAGAGAGGACAGGAAGAGCAGGGGUUGUCCUUGGGGACCUUCUUCAUGGGGACCAGUCCUGGGAUGGCCAGUGGCCCAGUUCUGCAAGGCAUUUGCUGGGAGCAGACACAGCACUGGCAGGGCCCCAAGAUUGGCAGGAAGGGG